CCCAGCAGCCGCCGGACCGCCAGCCGACCAGGAUGGAGAGCGGACGCUGGCGGAGGCUGCUGCCCCUGCUGGGGCUGCUGGCGACGCUGGUACCCGCUGACGCAGCUCCGCUGGAAUGGGAUGAAGACAAUCCAGGCUGUUUCCACAUGAUGCAGCACUACGACAACGGCGAGCAGAUCGUGACGGACGAGCCGUGCCUGAACUGCACCUGCCGCGACAACAUGCUCAUGUGCUUCCUCAAGGUGUGCCCGUACGUCCGCCCGCUGGGCAAGGGCUGCACGACGGAGAAGGCGCCGGGCGACUGCUGUCCCACCGUCACCUGCGACCAAGUGCCUGUCCCGAUCAUGGAGAUGCUGGGCAUGGUCAACCAAACCACCACCACAACCACAACCACCACCACCACGACGGAGGUGCCGCCGCCGGCCGACGGCGUCGACGAUAUCGGUCCGAGCGGCUGCUCGUUCGACGGCCGGAGCUACGCGGACGGAGCGCAGGUGCCGUCUGACCCGAACGAGCCGUGCGACAUCUGCUACUGCAUCAGGAACCACACGGCCUGCGUGCAGCAGGAGUGCACCAUGCGCGUGCCCGGCUGCCGGCCCGUGUUCGCCGCGGGGGUCUGCUGCCCCGUCCGUUACGACUGCGAUUUCGAGACGACCACGCUUCCUCCGCUAACGACCAUGCGGCCGGACCCUGCCGCCGGCUGUCUGCACAAUGGCCUCAACUACACGGACGGCGAGCAGAUCGCCGGCGAGGACCCAUGCCGACACUGCUACUGCAUGCACGGCGAGGUGAAGUGUGCCGUGCAGGACUGCGCCACGCCGCUGGACCACGCCCAGUCCUCGUGCCGACCGGUGCCGCCGCCGGCCGGCCAGUGCUGCCCCGACCAGUACCAGUGCGGGAACACCACGCGCCGGGUGCAGAUUCAGGGACGGCAGCUGGGUAACGACCUAGUGCCGCCCGUCAACGUGGCAUUCACGGAGACGCCGACGGCCGGUACUCUGGACUCCGGGUCCCAGGUGUCCUCGGGCACCGAGUCAGAGGGAACAGACGCCACCACUGAGCCCGGCUUCGACUACCAGACAACAUCGGGCACCGAGUCUGAGGACGGUACAACAGACGUCACCACUGAGCCCGGCUCCGACUACCCGACCACAUCGGGCACCGAGUCUGAGGACGGUACGACAGACGCCACCAGCACCACUGGCGUCAGUGGCGCCCAGAGCACGGCCACCACCGAGCCCACCAGUGGCGUGACGUCCGGAGACGCCACCGGAGCCCCCACCGUCCCCGGCGCAGACUUCACCCAAGGAACAACUGUAGAACAAAGCGAGAGCUCAACAGUGGCCGGGACCGGAACGGAGGCAGGGACGACAGAGAAGCCGAGCUAUGGAGAGGACGAGCCAUCCUACACGGAGCUAGAGGAAAUCCUCGGCAUGACGGACACCGGCCGGGAGCCCAAACGACCCGAUGGGUCGCGAGAGACUUUCACCGAGGCGACGACCGAUGGCCUAGGGGGUACAACAGGCGCCCAGCCCGCCACAGAGGAGCCGGAAGAGGCGUCAGGGGAAGCGGUGGAUGGUGGGGCUGAUAAUCUGACGGAGGACGCCACAGACAUCCCCGGAGUGGAGGCGUCACCAACAACGACCUCGGGUGUCGGUGCUGCAGAUCGGCCUGCUGACAGUCAGACGACGCAACAACCAUUAACAGAUGACUACACCACAAUCGAGGGCCUGGACUCGACAGAGGGCCCCGACUUGGCUGCCGAAGGAGACGACCAGGAGUCCUCUGGCUCCGGGGACGCAUCCACUGAAGCGUCCGUGGGGCAGACGGAUGGGGUCGACAUCAUUUCGGAGACUCCAGGAGCCGAGGCGCCAGCGGAUGGCUCUGGGGAGGCGAGUGAGUCCACUUCUCGACCGGCCGUACCGGGCGCAGAGCAGUCCGAGGAAGCCGAGGAGGAGAACGUGUUCGUAGUCCAGGCGACCAUGAUGGAAGUGGACGGAUCUGGCGAAGACGGAGCAAGCACUCAACGUCCCCAAAGCACCGGUCCAGAGUCAACCACCAAAGACCUGUCAGCGGACAACUACGACAUAAGGCCGGGACAGAUUGAGGACCUGCUCGGCAUUUCCAACCGGUCUCAGACCGAUGAGGAUGACCGACAAGGCAUACCUACCUCAACAGAAGGCUAUGGAUCUGUAUAUCCGAGUGGCGAGGAGGAUGAAGACAGUCUGGUGGGUUCGGGAGAACCUGAGACGACAGAGAGCAGCGAUAUUGUGAACAUUCUUGACGGAAUAAUCAAAGGUUCACAAGACACAACUACAGACUAUCCUAAAGAUGAGGAAGAUGAAGACAGCCUGCCUACCACCACCCCGGAGGUCGGGUCUGGGGACAAAUCCCCAGAGCAGGGUUCGGAUGGUGUCACCGACGCUUCGUCCACACCGCUGACCACGGAUGACACGACGGACGGCUCCGGCCUCCAAGAAGACGGAACGCUGGGAGGAACCACCCCGACGUCGGCACUCAGCACUGACGGGCCUGAAUCCCCCGAGUCUCAGACCGACGCGACUGGUCCCCAGUCUGGGGACGGCGACGGAUCCACGCCCGACUACGGCGCCGAGGCGGGUUCCGGGGAUGAGGGCGACCUCACCACCGAGCCGGGCGGUCAGCAAGGCGCCGUGGACGGCGGUGACCUGGUGCCGGAUGCGGAGCGCGACUCUGGCUCCGGGGAAGCCGAGACCGAUCGCGAGGCCGGCUCUGGCGACGACCCAGAAUCGGCGACCGAGGUGACGACCGAAUUCCCGUCUGUCAUCGACCUGCAGCAAUCCAUCCUCAACGCCAUCAACAACGCGCUGGGACUCGGCUCCGACGAUGCUUCCGAAGAGGCAGGCCCGUCCGGGGACCAGCUCAUUGGCAUCGACGGUCAGCCGACGACCACCGAGUCAAGCGCGGAGGAGGGUGCUAGCGAGGAGGAGAAGGCUUACUCCGGCGAGCUGGGGUCCGGCGGCAGCCCGCGACAGGAACAGGACAAGGCCGCGGACAUCUUCGCCAGCGCAACACCCGCUUCUGGUGGGUCGGAGAGCACCGACGGGUCGGGAGCGUACCCCUCUGAAGAGUCUGUCGAGCCAGGCUCUGAAUAUUCGACGGUGGGAGGGACGCGGACAACUAGUGCUGACGGUGUGACUGAGACUACCGUGGCCGAAAUCGCAGGGUCUGCCGAAACCGGCACUGAGCCGUCAGCGACCUCAGUCGCCAGUCAAGGAGCCACUGCAGAGCUGACGCCCACCACUGGACAGCCCGACAGCGCCAGCCAGCUGGGGGCCGAGGACGAGCAGACGUCUCCGCCGAGCUCUGGCGCCGAGACGACGCCGUCCUCUUCAGAAGCAUCCGUCUCCUCCAAGCCAACAGAGGCCUAUCCCGGCGUCUUUCCGGAGCUGCCAAUAGGCAUCUCGACUACCGACUCCCAAACAGGCUAUGAGACUCCCUUCCCACCCACGGACGCCCCUGAAGACCGUGCCUCGGAGCCCGCCCCGGGAGCGGAGGUGAGCACCGAAUUCGGCACCGACACCCGGACUACUACAGCCGCCACGAGCAGCGGAACCGAGCAGGCUGCGACAGACGCCGAGAGCACCGAAUCCACACCAGAUAUUGGUGAUUUUGAAUCUACAACGAGCUCUGGGACCACGAGACCUGCCACAGGCUCUGGAAUUACCGAGGCAUCAACCGACUCUGAAAUCGCAGAUUCCACAACAGGUUACGGGACAACAGGAUCUACAACGGACAUUGAGUCCAGCGAGCCUACAACUAGCACCAAACCUACCGACUCUUCAACAUACCCCGGAUCCCGGGAAUCUACGACAGACGCGGGAGUGACAGACUCUACAACGGGACCCGGCGCCGUAGAUUAUGCGACAGACUCUGCUACCACACAGUUUGCGACGAAUGCUGAGCCCGAAUCUACGACGGUCACGGGAGAUGGUUCGACUACAAAACUUGACUUCACUGGAUCUACAACCGACGAUGGGGUCUUCGACUCCACAUCAGGUGUGGCCGACGUGUCAGAGGUAUCUACGGAGGCCGAAAGACCUGAAGAGGCCGAUGAAACUUAUGGAUCUACGGUGGACACCAAGCCUUCUGAAGUCACCACGACCGCGACGGCUACCACGGACGGUGGUACCACUGAAUAUACCACCGGUUCCACCACACCCACGGACAGUGAAGCCACUGAAUCCGCCACAGGUUCUACUACACCCACGGACGACGGCGCUACUGAAUCCACCAUCGGUUCCACCACGCCCUCGGACGAUGGUGCCGCUGAAUCCGCCACCGGUUCUACUACACUCACGGACGGUGGCACCACUGAAUCCACCACCGGUUCCACCACACCCACGGGCAGUGAAGCCACUGAAUCCGCCACAGGUGCUACUACACCCACGGACGACGGCGCUACCGAAUCCGCCACCGGUUCCACCACGCCCUCGGACGAUGCUCGCACCGAAUCCGCCACCGGUUCUACUACACUCACGGACGGUGGCGCUACUGAUUCCACCACCGGUUCUACUACACCCACGGACGGUGGUACCACUGAAUAUACCACCGGUUCCACCACACCCACGGACAGUGAAGCUACUGAAUCCGCCACCGGUUCUACUACACCCACGGACGGUGGUGCCUCUGAAUACACCACCGGUUUCACCACACCUACGGACGGCGGUGCCACUGAAUACACCGCCGGUUCCCCCACAUCCACUGACGGUGUUGCCACUGAAUCCACUACACCCUCGGACGGCAGUGCCACCGACUUCGCCACCGGCUCCACUACCCCCGCGGGCGAUAGCACCACUAAACCCACCACCGGUUCCAUCACAACCGCAGCCGACUCUCUCGCGACAGAGCCUGGCGUGACCUCCCAGCCCACGACCGAGUCAGAGUCGCCGGGCACCGGGGAUGCGGCACUGGACGAGCUGCUGCCGGCGGUACCCGGCGAGGGCUCGUGCCUGGUGGAGGGCGUGACGUAUGCGGCCGGCGCGCAGCUGCCCACCAGCAGCCAGUGCCAGAUCCGCUGCUUCUGCGCCAACUCCGUCGUCCAGUGCGACACGCGCAAAUGUCCGGCGGCGCCGACCGGGCCCUGCCGUCCCUACUACCAGAAGGGCGCCUGCUGCCCCGCCUACGAUUGCAGCGAGGUGGAGCAGGCGCCGGUGGCGCUGCAGUGCUAUCUGGAGGGCAACAUCUACGCCGAGAACGACGUGAUCGUGCACCCGGACCCCUGCAAGUACUGUCUGUGCCUGAGCGGCGAAGUGGUGUGCGCCAGCCAGCUGUGCGAGAUGCCAGCCGAGCUGCGCGGCAAGGACUGCAGGCCGCUGCCGCCGCCAGCCGGCGCCUGCUGCCCAGCCGAGUACUCGUGCGACGUGUCGGUGCUGGAGAGCCUGGGUCUCGAACUGGAGGGCAGCGGCGGCCAGCCGGACGCCGGCCAGGUGGUGGUGCCGACGCCGGCGCCGACCACCGAGCCGCCCGUCACGCAGACCAUCAGCAUCAGCGGGCUGGCGACCGGCCCCGAGCAGGCCUCCGACGACGGCGGCCUCCAGACCCAGCCCACGGAGGCGUACACGGACGAUCUGCUGACGCCGACGGAUGGGCCUGGUGAAGGCGCCCCAGGGCAGCAGACAGAGCCGACGGAGGGGUCCGGUGAUGGUACCCCUGAGCAGCAGACCGAGCAGACGGAGGAGUCUGGUGAAGGCGCCCCUGAGCAGCAGACCGAGCCGACGGAGGAGUCUGGUGAAGGCGCCCCUGAGCAGCAGACUGAGCCGACGGAGGGGUCCGGUGAUGAUACCCCUGAUCAGCAGACCGAGCCGACUGAUGAGUCUGGUGAAGGCGCUCCUGAGCAACAGACCGAGCAGACGGAUGCGUACACUGACGGUUUGCUGAAGCCGACGGAGGAGUCUGGUGACGGCGCCCCUGAACAACAGACCGAGCCGACGGACGAGUACACAGACGGUUUGCUGGAGCCGACGGAGGAGUCUGGCGAAGGCGCCCCUGAACAGCAGACCGAGCCGACGGAGGGGUCUGGUGAAGGCGCCCCAGAGCAGCAGACCGAGCCGACGGACGAGUUCGGUGGUGGUACCCCUGAGCAGCAGACCGAGCCGACGGAGGAAUCCGCCGGCGGAGAGACAGACGAGGAGGAGGGUUCCGCCGGCGCCCCAGACGGCGCGGUCGCUGACUCCGCGGACGACGCGACUCCUCAAGGCGAGGCCAGUGGCGGCGAGCCCGACCAGGGGAGCCCUGAGAGUGUCGACCUUCCCGGCGCUGACGUCGAUCAGCCGCCGGGAUCCGAAGAUCUCACUGGCGCGGAGGGUCUGCUCGGAUACGGCGAGCCUGUUCCAGCUGAUGAUGCUGAGGGCAGCGGAGCGACAGACGAAAGCGAGGGCUCUGAGCCGACGGACGAUGCGGAGACCACUACACUUACUCUAGACGGGGCUGGCACUACGGCACAGACGGAGCCGGAGUCCUCCACAGAAUCAGUGCGUCCUGGCAGUGAGUCCGUUGACGCCAGCACGCCGCUGUCCACUGAGAGCUGCACCGGUCCCUACUGCCCUGAAGGCAGUCUCGGGGGCGGUGAUGUUGGGGCUGAGAUCACCUCCGACUCGGCAGAGUCAGCGACGGAGAUCACUGGAGCCGGCACCGAGCCCGGGUACACGACGGCCGACUAUGGUCAAGAAUCAAUUAAGACCAGCACUGAAGCGGCGACUACCGAGGCAGGAGCUUCAGAGCCGGGUGCCGACGCCGAGUCUACGGAGACUAGCACUGAAGCAGCGACUAUCGAGGCAGGAGCUUCAGAGCCGGGUGCCGACACCGAGUCUACGGAGACCAGCACUGAAGCAGCGACUACCGAGGCAGGAGCUUCGGAGCCGGGUGACGACGCCGAGUCUACGGAGACCAGCACUGAAGCAGCGACUACCGAGGCAGGAGCUUCAGAGCCGGGUGCCGACGCCGAGUCUACGGAGACUAGCACUGAAGCAGCGACAACCGAAGCAGGAGCUUCAGAGCCGGGCGCCCAUGCCGAGUCCACGGAGACUAGCACUGAAGCAGCGACUACCGAGACAGGAGCUUCAGAGCCGGGCGCCGACGCCGAGUCUACGGAGACUAGCACUGAAGCAGUGACUACCGAGGCAGGAGCUUCAGAGCUGGGUGCCGAGGCCGAGUCUACGGAGACUAGCACUGAAGCAGCGACUACCGAGGCAGGAGCUUUCGAGCCAGGUCCCGACGCCGAGUCUACAGAGACUAGCACUAAAGCAGCGACUAACGAGGCAGGAGCUUCAGAGCCGGGUGCCGAUGCCGAGUCUACGGAGACCAGCACGGAAGCAGCGACUACCAAAGCAGGAGCUUCGGAGCCGGGUGCCGACGCCGAGUCUACGGAGACCAGCACUGAAGCAGCGACUACCGAGGCAGGAGCUUCGGAGCCGGGUGCCGACGCCGAGUCUACGGAGACCAGCACUGAAGCAGCGACUACCGAGGUAGGAGCUUCAGAGCCGGGUGCCGACGCCGAGUCUACGGAGACCAGCGCGGAAGCAGCGACUACCGAGGCAGGAGCUUCAGAGCCGGGUGCAGGUGUCGAGCCUACUGAGACCAGUACUGACUCAUCACUGACUGAAACUGGCACCGUGUCUGGACCGACUGAGCCUGGAAGUCAGUCGGGAUUGGCUGAGGCCAGCACCGAAUCAUCACCGGCAGAAACCGGCACUACAGCAGGGUAUGACGUGGGGGAGCCGGGCGGCGUAUCCGCAGAGACCAGCACGGAGCCAGUAACAAAAGAGCCUGUCAUUGUCAUGGCAUCAAUGGUGCCUGACACCGAGAUGGGAUCGGGUGACGUUAUCACCGAUUCCGCUUUCUCGGACCCUGACGACGAGCUGCCUUCGACGGAAGCCGUCGUUGUGCUGGGUUCGAACGAGGACAGCCAACUCACGACCACGGAAGCGGGCGCGGCCGAGGGGUCCGGCGGGGCCAGCCCUGGUUUAGGCUCUGCGGAAGCCGGCGGAGUAUCGGGCUCCACAGCGGCAGGCUAUCCGGAGGCCACUACCGACGCGGGCACCACUGAGGUCGCAACUGAAGCCGAGUAUGCCGGACCGACCACAGACGCGGCAUCAGCCGAAGUCAGCGCCGGAACUACCGCUACCGAAGCCAGCACCUCCACAGACACCGGCACCAGCGGCGAGGCCUCUGAUGUUCUGGACGGGCCGUCCACCGAGGCCGGUAUCGGUGACGAAUCUACCGGCGCCGGUGUAGAUGCUGAAUCCACCGAGGCCGGUAUCGGUGUCGAAUCUACCGGCGCUGGUGUCGGUGCUGAAUCCACCGAGGCAGGCACCGAUAUGGAAUCUACCGAUGCCGAUAUUGGUGCCGAAUCUACCGACGCCGGUGCCGGUGCUGCAUCCACCGAGGCCGGCAUCGGUGCUGAAUCUACCGAGCCUGGUCCUGGCGCGGAACCCGCAGAGACCAGCACUGAGUCCGGGUCUGCCCCUACCAGUACGGAUCUCGGGCCCACAACCGGCGGCGAGUCGCCCGGGUCCACAGCCAGACCCGAGGCAGACGCCACAAGCUCAUACCCCGCCACGGAAAGGCCCCCGGGCGGCGCAGACUCCCUGGCCACGCCCGAGACUGGCGCCACCACGGGAGCUCCCCAAGACAAGGAGGGCGAGGCCACCGUCGUAGGCGUGGUCGAGUCUGAGUCUCCUGCGCCGCCGGAGAGUGACUCGUCCGUGAUGGGCGACUCUGACUCGGAGGCGGGUGUGACAGACCAGCCAACCCAGGACACGGCCGGAGCCGGGGCCACCCCUGCGGACAGCAGCGCCACGCCACCGGACCAAGGCAGCGGCUACGUGCCCGCCGCCGGAGCAGAGGGCACCGAGCGGUACCCGCCGGCGGCUUCGGAUAGCGUCGUCGUCUGCACAGACGCCGGCUGCACCGACGGCCAACGACCGGCCGCGGGCGGCCCCGGCUCCGGCCCCGCCACGGCCACACCCUUCCCCUGCACUGGCAGCGGCUGCCCGCCGGCACCGAGCUCAGUCAGCCCGGACGGCAGCACAACAGAGACGGAAGACGGCACCACGGCCACAUCCUUCCCCUGCACUGGCAGCGGCUGCCCGCCGGCACCGAGCUCAGCCAGCCCGGACGGCAGCACGACAGAGACGGACGACGGCGCUACGGCCACACCCUUCCCCUGCACUGGCAGCGGCUGCCCGCCGGCACCGAGCUCAGCCAGCCCGGACGGUAGCACGACAGAGACGGAAGACGGCGCCACGUCCACAUCCUUCCCCUGCACUGGCAGCGGCUGCCCACCGGCACCGAGCUCAGUCAGUCCGGACGGCAGCACGACAGAGACGGAAGACGGCGCCACGUCCACAUCCUUCCCCUGCACUGGCAGCGGCUGUCCGCCGGCACCGAACUCAGCCAGCCCGGACGGCAGCACGACAGAGACAGAAGAUGGCACCACGGCCACAUCCUUCCCCUGCACUGGCAGCGGCUGCCCGUCGGCGCCCAGCUCAGCCAGCCCGGACGGCAGCACGACAGAGACGGAAGAUGGCACCACGGCCACAUCCUUCCCCUGCACUGGCAGCGGCUGCCCGCCGGCGCCCAGCUCAGCCAGCCCGGACGGCAGCACGACAGAGACGGAAGAUGGCACCACGGCUACAUCCUUUCCCUGCACUGGCAGCGGCUGCCCGCCGGCGCCCAGCUCAGCCAGCCCGGACGGCAGCACGACAGAGACGGAAGAUGGCGCCACGGACCGGCCGGCGGGGACCGACGGCGUCCCCUGUGUGGGCGGCGGCUGCCUGGGCACCGACACCACGUCCCCGACGACAGCCGCCCCCCAGGACAGGGAGGUCGCCGGAGAGGGCGGUACCAUCCCUGGCGCCGAGGAGCAAACCCGUCCAGACGCGGCGACCGACUCGGGCGAUCCCGGAGCCGCCGCAGUUGGUGAUGGCACGGAGGGAGCUGACGGCGUCCAAUGCGGCAUCGGCGGCUGCACCGGCGGUCUGGCGGCGUCAACGACCGCCGCCAGUGCCGAUCAGGAGGUCGAUAAGGCCGCGGGACUUACAGAGUCGUACGAAGGAGCUACAGAAGAUCAGACCGCGUCUUCUGAAGGGGUCCCUGGAGGUCAAACCGUCGUGGGCGAGAUAGUAACUUCCGGUCAGACAGAGACACCCGAAGGGACUACUGCUCAGGGUCAGGCAGAUACUGAUGUGGGAACCAGCGAGGUCCCGGCAACAGGACUCGCCGACAGCAGCACUGAAGAUCAGACAGCGUCAUCGGAGGGUGCUACCGACGCUCCAUUGUCAGACGCCACUAAAGGAGUCGUCAGCCAAACAUACCCAACAGGAGGGCCUUUCGAUGACCAAUCGCAUUCAACUACGGGGGCUACUGACGCUUCAACAACCGAUUCCACCGAUAUAGUCGCCGAGGGUCAGACGAUCUCGGCCGAAGGGACCACCGAAGAGCAGACCGGAGGAUCUACCGCGACAACGGAGUAUCCCGAUGGUGUCACUGAGAGUCAGACUGACACCACCGAAAGAGGCACAGAAAUUACGUCAGCGGCGUAUACCCAAGGUAUCACUGAUGGCCUGACGGAUACCACCGAAAGAGGCACAGAAAUUACGUCAGCGGCGUAUACUCAAGGUAUCACUGAUGGCCUGAUGGAUACCACCGACGGAGCCACCGAAGUCACGUCAGCGGCGUAUACCCAGAGCAUCACUGAUGGCCUGACGGAUACCACCGACGGAGCCACCGAAGUUACGUCAGCGGCGUAUACCCAGAGCAUCACUGAUGGCCUGACGGAUACCACCGACGGAGCCACCGAAAUCACGUCAGCGGCGUAUACCCAGAGCAUCACUGAUGGCCUGACGGAUACCACCGACGGAGCCACCGAAGUUACGUCAGCGGCGUAUACCCAGAGCAUCACUGAUGGCCUGACGGACACCACCGACGGGUCCACCGAAGUUACAUCAGCGGCGUAUACCCAAGGCAUCACUGAUGGUCAGACGGAUGCCACCGAAGGGACUACCGACGCUUCCACAACAGAGUUUGCCGACGGAGCCGCAGCGGGCCAGACGGAUUCCUCGGCAGGAGCCGCUGAAGCCGAGGCCGACUCGGCUACCACCGCGGCGGGCGGGGAGCCGGGCGCCGAGAGCGCCGCCACGCCGUACCCGCCGGCUGGCCUAACGCCGACCGACGGCGGCGAGCCGGAGGCCGAGUCGGAGCUGAUCUCGGUCACGGACGAGGUACUCGACAUGCUCGCCACCGUCGGGCCCGACGCGUUCGAGAACGCCACUGACAUCACGGACGCCGAGGUGGACGGCGAGGCAGCGGCCGGCGACGCGGCGACGACCACCACCGAACGCGCGGCCACGCUCGCGCCGCACGCCGCCGGGCUGGCGCCGCACGCGGCCGGCGCCUGCCUGUUCGACGGCAAGGUGUACGUGUCGGCGCAGCAGAUCCCGCGCGACAACCCGUGCGACUUCUGCUUCUGCUUCCGCGGGGACAUCAUCUGCCUGCAGCAGUCGUGCCCGCCGCCGGUGGCCGGCUGCCUGGAGCAGCCGAUCGAAGGCUUCUGCUGCCCGCGCUACGAAUGCCCCGUGGAGAGCGCUUGGAACGCCAGCCGGCCGGAGCCGACCACAGAGAGCGCGCCGGCCGCCGAGCCGGCCGGCUGCCGCAUCCAGGGCGCCGAGUACGGCAGCGGCCAGCUGGUGGAGUCGGCCUCAGGGCCCUGCCUCGAGUGCAGGUGCGGCGACAACGGUCAGAUGUCGUGCGACCCCAGGAGCUGCGAGCCGCAGCCGCUGCUCAAGAAGAUGAUGAUCACAGCGGCCCACAGGAGGAGGUGAGGCGGACACCCGCCCCACAGUCGACAGGGUGCCUCGCGUGCUGGACGGGGCGGCGGCCCGGCGCAGCCAGCGGGCUG